CAAACAAAAUCUGAACAAGUGACUCCGGCUUGCAUGAAAUGACAGACAAACUGUAUGCCUAAAGCACAAAGAUGGUGUGUCCAAAAAGUCAAACGAGUAAUAAACAGUACACAAGCAGUAGUAGCACUCAAUAACAAUAACAUAAUAUCAAGAAGAAGCAUUGCCGAAAAAAACCACGAAACGUUCGUGCAUUCGUGGUUAUGUUUGCUGCAGAAUACCAAAGGUUUAGUUCAAAUUGAUGAAUGUGGCAAAUUAAAGCGCAAAAUGAAGAUUAUGCCGGUUGAUAUCAAGGAGCUGACUGAAGGUUGGCUAGAACUAGAAAGCGAUCCUGGUCUCUUCACGUUAUUACUUGAAGAUUUCGGCGUGAAAGGUGUACAGGUGGAGGAAAUCUAUGAUCUGAACAAGGCACUGGAAGGUCCUGUUUAUGGUUAUAUCUUUUUAUUUCGCUGGAUUGAGGAGCGCCGUUCACGUCGCAAGAUUGUCGAGCAGACUGAAACGUUCGUCAAGGAUGAGGAGGCGGUUAACAACAUCUUCUUUGCCCAGCAAAUGGUACCCAACAGUUGUGCUACACAUGCACUCAUCUCAAUUCUGCUAAAUUGCUCAAACAUUCAACUGGGAGACACGCUCAGCCGCUUAAAGCAGCACACACAUGGCAUGAGCCCAGACAAUAAGGGUUGGGCUAUCAGCAACACCCCAGAACUGGCCUGUGCACAUAACUCACAUGCAAUGCCACAAGCAAAACGAAAACUCGAUAAGGUAUGCGGGGUAUCGACAGGUCGCUUUACAGGCGAAGCAUUUCACUUCGUUAGCUUUGUUCCCAUUGACGGACAUUUGUUCGAACUAGACGGCCUGAAACCGUUUCCUAUAGAUCACGGGCCAUGGAGUGAAAACUCCGACUGGACGGAGAAGUUUCGUAGUGUGAUUGGCGACCGGCUGGGUCUCACUUCUGGCGAGCAGUAUCACGACAUUCGCUUUAAUCUCAUGGCAGUGGUACCGGACAAGAGGCUGGCUAUUACACAUAAACUGAAAAUGCUCAAGACUAAUCGACAAAUUGUGCUAGACGCGUUGCAGCAGUUGAUGAAAAUCAAGCAUACUGAGCAGAAGCAGCAGGAGCGCGAAGCUAGUGCGCCUGCUCUGUCGUGCGCUAGCGCAAAUCUGACACCUUCCGUCACCUGCACACUUGUUGAUGCCGAUGAGUCCACGGAGGCGCCGGCACCGCCAUGCAUCGAGCGGGCUGAUGUGGAAUUAUCUAUUUGUGCAUCACCGAUGCCAACGCAGCCAUCUGCGCUUGAAAUGAAAAAGGUGACGCUUCGUCCACUCGAUUAUUCCACUCCGUUGACCAUUCAGACUUCUCCAGCACCCAGCACCAGCAGCACCGACACUUUUAGCGAGAUGGGAUCUGCGUUCAAUUCGCCAACUGCUGCCUUCAACUGGGCUGCGGCGCAGAAUAGCCCUAGUUGCAAGGACUUCAAGCGCUUUGUCGUUAUUCGCGUGGAGGGCGAAAUCGACGCGGCGACGGCGCCUCCGGAUGCCCAAAAUUCAAAGAAACCGAACACGGGGCAUGCACGUGUAAGGACCAGUGACGGUGAUACUGUUGUCGCUGAGAAAAACCCUGAAUUGCUUGAACCGCACACAUUUGCGCCGCAGGAUCUACUUGCGCUUCUGCGCAACUUGGAGAGUGAGAUCUGCGUCUGCGAACUUAACUUAAAGGACGAGAAUGACAAACAGAAUAAAUAUAAGAUUGAUGACUGCCGGCGUACACACAACUACGAUGAGUUCAUCUGUACAUUCUUCUCGAUGCUGGCACAGCAGGGAAAACUGGCGGAUCUUGUGGAACAGCACCUUCUUGUGUCCAAACGGCCGGGCGGCACUAUUCCCGCACCCAAAACAGCAAAAAGCGGCAAAAAAGAGACAACCAAUAAGAAGAAACGUGGGCGUACCAAAGUCAAACGGAAGAAAUGAUGAUUGUUUUUGAUUGUACAUAUAAAUGAAUAUAAAAUCAUGCGAGAAUGUACUUAUUUAUACAUUUGUAUCAGGUCGUGUACUUUAGGUCAGUUCACAGAUGUGAGAUUUGUAUUUGUUGUCAGCAAAGACUUAGCGACAAUACAUAUAUGCCCUCUUAAACUAAGUACGGCUAGGUAGAAUAGUUUAAGCAGUGCUUUUUAAUUUCUGAUAAAAAUAAAGAAUUGUCUCCGAA